GAGGAGGAUGGGACACACCGCUGAUGCUGAUGCGAGAAGCGGUCGUAGCUCCGUACCCAACAUCGGUGGACCGACCGCGCGAGGACGGGGCGCCUGCGGUCUCGAUUCGUGACGUCUUUUCCUUUUUCACGACGCAAAUCGGGGGCGGCGGGACGUGACCCGGUGGUUGUCUGUUCGUCGGGACGAGGGACGACAGGAGGAACCCGAAGAGAGAGAGGGACGAACGGCUUCGCCUCGACUCCCCCUCCCGCCGGCCUGCCGUCGGGACACACAGGUGGAUCGCCGCUGGAGAAAAAAAAAACAAAAAACAGAACAAAACAAAAAGAAGCGUCUCUUGAAAAUGGAGACGUAGCCUCGGACCGAAGCAGAGGAAACCCCGCCUCCGAAGCGGCGUUUCAGCGGGACGCGGUGGCUCCUUAUUCGGUCGCGUUCCGCCGGGAGGCUGAACUGGCUCCCGUGUUAGCUCGCUAACAGGCUAAUCGCGCUAGCAGGUCGGCUAGCAGCCGACGGGCGGCCGUUGGGACGCAGGGCGCGGGAUGCUCUUGUGAGGAGCCGCCGUGAAGUCCGCGGCUCCGCUGUCAGUUCGGUUGUGGGAGGUUCGACACCGUGGCCUUAGUUCGAUUUAAGUGUAGAUCAAUUACUUGAUUAGCUCGAGGGGGAUCGGAUUGGAUAAGCGGCUAAGAAAAACGGCUAAUGUUGACAAACAACCGGCGACUUAACGCGUCGAUCCGCUGUUUCGUCCCGAGGAGAGACGCCGUCGCUCGUCCCUCAACCUCGGUUCGGUUCCGAGACUUUCGCCGCGGCGAUGCGUCCGCUUCCGGGCCGAACUGAGGAGGCAUGUGGACGUCGCGCGUCCUGAAGCGUGGAUGUGCGUGGACAGAGAAGAGGCCCACAGCAGGUCCAAACAUCUGGCCAUCCAGAACAUCUGGAUGGCCGCUCCUGGAGUUGAGACAACUAAAACUAUUUCUUGUUUGUAGAGAUAUCUAAAUACCUAAAUACCUACAACCUCAUUCCAUUUAUAUUCUGUUUUCCCCUCCACAUUCCCGCCUGCCUUUUUCUAAAUGUCAAAGUCAACAUUACAAACGGCCUUUAUUGAUCCCACUCAUGCAUUGCGAUAUGUCGUCACAGGGCAAAGCCCCUUAAGAACAUGGCAUCAAAGUUGAAGAACUGGAUCUUGACCACGGCAGUGAGGUAACGCACCGGUUUCCUGACGUUUGCAAAGUGGAGCGGCCACUCUGCGUGUAAAUGGAGGCGAGCGCUCUGUCCGGCCCUCUGGGGCACUCGCAGUGGGACUCGGAACACGCAUCUCCUCUCGGAUUUCACCCACCGGGUUCAGACAAUGGAGAGGAGCUCUGUCCCGACGAGGGUGGACAGACCGGUUUGGAUUUCAGAGACGACGACGACCGGGCCCAAGCAUUCCAACAAAGCGAAGGGGGGGGCAUUUACCAGGACAGGCCAGUAGAGUUGGACAACCUAAUAAAUAUGUUGGAUUUUUCCUGUGGAGAUGUGCAGUUUGAGGGGGAUCAGUCCGAGAAUUCCAAAGCUCCUCUGCAUGAUGCUUCUCUUAUAGAGUCCGUCUCAGACGAGCGUCCUGAGCUACCUGAUGAACUGAAUGACUACGCCUUGUCUUGGCUGUUUUCUCCCAAACUCACCGACGUGGUUGGAAAAGUCACUGCGCGUGAGGACCCGAGUCUUACGCCGGAGGACCUCCUGGAGACCUCCAAUGCCUUCAGUGCUCAGCUUAUAAGCCUGAGUCCUCCGCUCUCCCCAUCGAAACCCCCCGACAGGCAUUCCGAGACUAACACGGGGGGCCCGUUUUUGUUGGUAGACCUCCUCUCAAAUGGACUCUCUUGCCUCCCCCCAGAGUCCUCGGGUGAGUUGAACCCACAGGGUGUCAGUGAGGAGCUGGUAGACCUGUCACAAGAGGAGGGGGUGGAGGGGGAGGAGGAGGCAGGUCUCUCCCCCUCACAAAGAAAGGAGACUUUGUCACAUGAAACCAGAGACAAAGGUUCAUUCCCCGAUCAAGUGACCGAUCUGCCUUUAACCUGCAGCCGUAGUCAGCAAGGUUUACCGGAGAACCACCUCCCACCUGACAAAGUCCACACGCCGCCGCGCCGCUUGGAAGGAUCUGUGUCUUUGUUGGACUUAAAGGUUCCGGACUGUGACAGCAGUCUGAGCCUGCGUCCCGCCAGUCCUCCCGCUCUUAUCCGCACAGGUGUGGCGUUGGAUUUAUCAACAGAGGAGUGCGAAGGGGGACACGGGGGAGCUGCCGUGAAUAGAAGUGUGACCUCAGAGCGACGGGGGGAGAAUGACUCAUUUGCGCUGCGUUUGUCGGCUGAAGCUUCGUCGGCUGAACCUUCGUCACUGACGGGGCCUCCGGCUGAAGAUGUCUUCAUCCGGGGGGGUUUCAUUUGCUCUGUGGAAAGUGGGUCCACGGAUUUGAUGGAGGAAAACAUUUGUUCUGAAGCCCAAAAUCAAGGGAAUCAGGCGAUGGCUUUGGAUCUGUGCUUGACCGCGGAAGAGGUGCACGACGAGGAAACUUGGGACCUGAAACCUGGGCCGGAUGUCCAGAACGGGAGUGUCCUCCAUCCGAGCGACGAGGAGAGGACGACGGACGGUGACCGGCUCGACGGGACCGAUUGCCGCGAAGUGGCCUCAUUCGACUUUUCAGUCGAGGAUUUACACGCGUCUUCUCCUGAGGCCGGAUGGACUAGUGAGCAAACUGUGGAGACCAUUUCUCUCUCCAAGAUGGUGGUAGACGACUCGCUGCCAAUGGUCUCGGCUGUGAAUGCGAGGGAGGAAGACGCCUCCCCGCUAAAAGCUGUGUUCGAUGCUUUAGACCAAGACGGAGACGGCUUCGUCCGGAUUGAGGAGUUCAUGGAGUUUGCUGCCGCCUACGGGGCCGAUCAGGUGAAGGAUCUGACCAAGUUUUUGGACCCCAGUGGACUGGGAGUGAUCAGCUUUGAAGACUUCCACCGUGGAAUCUCUGCAAUCAGCAAUGGAGGUCCGGAGCCCCCGCUCUACAAUGUGAACUACAGUCCGGGCGAUGGAGCUGUGGGCUGUCCAGAGGAGUACGACGAGCAAAAUGAGGUGACCGACAGUGCGUACCUGGGCUCCGAGAGCACCUACAGCGAGUGCGAGACCUUCACCGAUGAGGACACGGGGGCCCUCGUGCCGCCCGAGAUGCACGAGGACGUGGAGACGGACAGCGGCAUCGAAGCCGCGCUGCACGACCCCGAGGACGGCGGAAACAGGUCGGUGUACAUUUCACUGUGUGCACAUAAUCCCGAUAUCCCAAAUUGUCCCGCGGCUUUCACGCCGGGGCAGUGGAGGGCGUCCGAGGAUGCGUUCUCUCUCCUCGCCGUCCAUCUGUGCGAAACUACCCGACCACGCAGCGAAGACGCUGCGACGGCGCCUGGCAGCAAGGAACGACGAUCACGUCACCUCUGGAGACAGAAUGAGAAUGUUAUGUCUUCUUACACCGCCUCCCACCCCAUCAACACUCAGAUGGACUUCACUAACCCCCCCCACACACAGGUGUCCCUGUCCCUCACCCCUUCUUGUCCGUCACUCACCACUUGCUCCUCCUCUUCCCCCCUGUUUCCUCUCCCCAGUGCUCCUGCUCCUCUCCCUGACCGCUUUCAGAGCUUCCUCAGGGAGGAGGCGCUGGACUUUUUCUGUAGCCAGUGUCACAAACAAAUAAGCCGUCUGGAGGACCUCUCCACACGCCUCAAUUUCCUAGAGAUGACUAGGUUUUUCCUGUUGUUUUUUGCCCCCCCCCCCCCCACUCUCCUCCUCCUCAACAUCCCCCCAUUUAGUGGUGGCAAGAGGGUGUCCAGCAAGAAAGUAGCGAGACAUCUCCUACAGAACAGCUCGAUGACUCUGGACACCAUGAGCGACUUGACGCGGGACAUCCUGGAGCUCGCUGACAACGACAUCACAGACAAGGUGCUCCUCCUCGAGCGGCGAGUGGCGGAGUUGGAAAAGGAGUCCGAGUCCUCCGGGGAGCAUCACGCGCGGCUGCGCCAGGACAACCUCCACCUGGUGCACCGGGCCAACGCCCUGGAGGAGCAGCUGAAGGAGCAGGAGCUCCACGCCGACGAGCAGCUGCAGCAGGAGGCCCGGCGUCACAAGGAGGCCUUGGUCAAGCUGGAGAGGGAGAGGGGGCUGGAGCUGGAAAACCUGCAGGCCAGGCUGCAGCAGCUCGACGAGGAGAACAGCGAGCUGCGGUCGUGUGUUCCUUGUCUCCGAGCAAACAUCGAGCGACUAGAGGAGGAGAAGAGGAAGCUGCAGGACGAGACGGACGCCAUGGCGGACAAGUUGGAGGAGGAGACGGAGUCCCGCAGGAAGAUGGCGGACAAGCUGAGCCACGAGCGCCACCACAGCGGCAAAGAGAAGGAGUGCACUCAGGAGCUCAUUGAAGACCUGCGUAAACAGCUGGAGCACCUGCAGCUCUACAAGCUGGAGGCCGAGGCAAAGCGAGGCCGCACGCCCGGCGCCGGGCUGCAGGAGUACCAGACGCGGACCCGCGAAGCCGAGCUGGAGCAAGAGAUCAAACGACUCAAGCAGGACAACCGCAGCCUGAAAGAGCAGAACGACGAGUUGAACGGCCAGAUCAUCAACCUGAGCAUCCAGGGAGCCAAGAACCUGAUGUCAGCCUCCUUCUCCGACUCCCUCGCGGCGGAGAUCAACAACGUGUCUCGCGUAGAGUUGAUGGAGACUGUCCACAAACAGGAGGAGAUCAACUACAGGCUGCAGGACUACAUAGACAAGAUCAUCGUGGCCAUCAUGGAGUGCAACCCCUCCAUCCUGGAGGUCAAGUAGACGGCGAGCAGCCAGACGGCCGCGCACAGCGACCCGUCGGGCUGCGAGGAAACAUCCGAGACAUUUAUAUGUCUAAAAGAAAACCUUCAGGAGAGGAUGUGAAGAAUCGACGACGACAACGACGCAUCCAGCCCCCCCCUCCCCCCACCCCCUCCAAAAAGGGAGGGUGAAACACGUUGAAGAAGUCCAUGGCCGUCGUUAGGUAUCCCUUCUGUGGUCUGUGCUUAUUUCUGAGUGGAUGUGAUGACCCUCCUGGACGCGCUUGGGUUCUGGUGACCUCCAUGUAUUUGGCUCGAGGGACCCGAGGCUCCCGCAUUGAGUGUGUGAAUGUGUGCAAGAGGUCAGUAUCCUAAACAGUAAAAAAAAAAAAAAAUCUUCCUCUACGACCCCCCACCCAAAAAGUGUCAAUGUUUGAUUGAGCUAAAAGGAAACACAAUCAGACCAUUCGAAAGCACCGAAAGGCCUUAAAUGAGAGGUGGUCCGAGUGUGGAUCGGCCGUACAGGCCUCAGCUCGGCCUCUGAAGGGUCACCUGGGACGGCGGCGGUGACCUCCUGAACCAGGCUGACUCGUGUUUUGAUUAAAAGGCGCACGAAGCGCUGGGCAGGACAGUUUCCUCUGGACGGCGCCGAGUCCCUCCACCAGUCUGUAGUUUAACCCAUUUCAACUGGGAACCUCAGUGAGGGACGACGCCAGGGGUCGAGGAUGAGAAGCGCCCGGAGGGUUUUGUGUGUGUGUGUGUGUGUGUGUGUUUUGUUUUUCGCAGUAUAGCUUAAAAGGUUUUUUAAAGCUCGGGGACACUAGCGAGUAAUAUGAAGGAACUGGGCGGUUUAUCAUUUGUUUCAUCUCUUGGUUUGUUUUUUUGCUUUACAAUGAAACAGGGUCCUGGAGCUCAGGUGGGCUGGAAACCUCAAGUGGAGAAAAAAUACAUUUCCCAUCACUCCCUGUGUGUAGACCAGUGGAUAACUCGUACCUAUGCUUGGAUUAAGCAUGAAGGAUUCUGGGAGUUGUAGUGAUGUAUUUAUUUUAGUGCAGCCCAUCUGACUCCAUCGUUCUCUUGCUGAGUGAAAGUAAUGGGGAGCAAACUUAUCCAGGUAACCGUUCUUUUGAAGAAUAAGUUGUAUGUGAAUAAUCAAAUGGUUGUACUUUGCACUACGUUUUGAUUUCAUUAAUGUUCAGUUGGUUGGAAGCAAAUGUUAAUUGUGAAGAGAUCCAAUCAAAAUGAAGGCUGUCCGAUAGUGACUGGGAUCGGUUUCCACUGACAUACCAGUGGAGUGGAGACUGGUGUGGGCGACAUCCCACUCGCACUACAGGGACAGCGCGUCACACGUCAUGUUGAAUCUGAAAAUAUACAAGAAUACUACAAACUACAUUUAGCAGCCAUGUCUUAAUAUGAGUUACGUGUUAUAUUAUCAGCCAUCGGCAGUUCAGAUGAGCUUUCUUUUGUCGGCUGUUGGCCAGGUUUAUUUUUUUGUCGGACCAUAUAUAUAUAUAUAAAUAUAUAUAUAUAGUUAAAAUACUGAAGAAAUGUGGCAGAACAGUGGCAAUAAUUGCUCGGCAUUAAAGUGGACAUUGGGAGGAGGGCAGAUGAAACAAAUCUCCUCUUCACUUCUUCUGCUGAAGCAACAGCUGUUUCCUCGGAGAUGUACGGACUGAUUUUGACUUUUGGACCUUGGACUCGGACGCCGGGCAUGAGACGGCUACCAGGCGUCUCCACGGAUACUAGAUGAAGGGUAGCAUGGCCUCCUGCACCAAUAUGCUAAGAAGAAUGUCCUGUUUUUCACCCCAUUCACGUCUGCUCUUCUACACCUGCCACUCAAUGUAAAAAAAAAAAAAAAAAGGCCUUGGAUGUAAAUGACUUGUACAUGUAAAGUUUUUCUACACUCAUUCUAGAUUCUAGGUAUUUUUAUAGUCUGAAGGAGAGAACAUUUCUUGUCUUAUGCUGAGAGACGGCCGCCUGUAUUCGUCUCUAGCAUGUAGCGUGUACAGAAUUUUUCUUUUUUUCUUCUCGUUUGAAAUCACACGCGGAUAUUUAUUCAUCAUUUGCCACAAACGACAACUCGCACAGAAUAUAUCUUUGUAAAUGUUUUGAAUCCACGGGGGGGGGGGGAGCGUUAUCGGAGGAGCGCUUGGUGAAGAGCGGGAAUGUGGCCGUUGGUCGGGAUCGCGGCUCUCUUGCGUAAUGCUGACGUUGCUGUGGCCUCCUCAGGGGUUGUGAUUCGCAGUUUCCACUGUCGUCUUCCCAGAUGGAGUCAGGCCCUGCAUGAAAACACCGAUUUUCACUACAUAUCGCUUCAGUCGCUUGAUCACUGUUCUGACUGACGAAUCAUAUCCAUAGUUUGACCUCAUAGCAACGCUGUGCUGAGCUCCCGGCCUUUCAGUGGGACGGAAGGUGUGACUCCUUCCUUCUCUACAGUAACGUGUGCUUUAGGCAUUGCAGACAGAAAAUGGCUCUGCUUCUCUUAAUUCGCUCCCUGCUUCAUAUUUGAGUGCGUUUGGCAGAUUUUAGUUUGUCGACAUGGAGACUGACUAAACAUUCCAUGUUAGCAGAGCUCAAGGUGACUGCACUUUAACCAUUUUAACCCCUCGCAAUGAAAACGACCAAAGACAACGUAUCCAGCAGGGUCCGUGACCUCUCGAUAGUCACCGACAGACUCCGAGCCCUGAAAGGAAAAUGUCCCGCUAGUCUAAACACUGUGUCUCAAACUAACCUGACAAUGAGCCCUGAGGAAAGCACUGACCGCGCGACGCUCAGUUUAUUGAAUUAUGAUUAUAAAAACUAAACUAAACUGUACAUAUGAAAUGUCAUUUCUGUGAACUUUCUCUCUCUCUCUCUCACACGCUGACUUCCAGUGUCCCAAAGAAAGUUUGCUCAAGGCACAAACGGCACGACGGGAGUAGUGCACGGCUUGCCGUCAUGUGACAUGGGAAGAUUUAAAAAAAGAGAAUAUUGUAGAAAAGAAAUUGUAAAAUUUGUAUUCCUAUUUUCAAAGAUAAAUGUAUAAAUUAUAACGGUAUUGGUUACAGCUGUAUAUUUUUUGAAGAUCCCCAAUUGAUCUAAUCCUAAUUGUUACUGGGGAAAUAUCAUUUCAGUUAUUGUAAAAAGAGAACACUUUAAAGGUAAGGCCGUGAAAGUAAGAUUAGAAAAAUAAAUGGAAUAAAACAA